AAGCACCAGCAGUGCAGAAACGCACCACAGUACAGGGCUGUGCUGGAUCAGAGGCUCACAUGCUGCUGAAACAGUCACAGGUCUGCUUCAGUGGGACAUGGAAACAGGCGAUGGCAUUCACUUCAAUCUGCAGCAGGUGGGUGGGGUUCUCUAGUCAGAGAUGAGGCAGUUCCAAAUCUAGUACAUUAACUGGGUUUUCACACAUGGUGGUUUUCCUGUGGGGAAAAUCUGAGGCUGCAAAAUGUAUGAAAGCAUAUUUUAAAAGCUGUAUUUGCAGUUCUUCAGUUUAGUAAGAACCACAUUUGAGUAAUGGACCAAAUCUAGUUUCAUUUAAUUUAUGCUCACACCUCCCGACCUCGUUUUGUGCAAUGAUUCAAGACCAUGAGAGACGUUUGGAUUGGUGCUGAGUGGGCAGCGUACUGGGAGGACUGGUCUGAGGUGUGGGAGCACUGUAACAGUCAAGGAGAGUCUUUAUAGCUGGUGAAUGGAAAAAGAACCUGUGCACUUCAUUCUGUAUGUCAUAAUAGACAAGUUUAUGAGAAGCUGAAGCCAGUGAUGCGUCACAGUGAUGCUGAAGCUCCCAUGACAGUAAAGGUCUGUAGUGAUCAGUCACUGCUCUGCUCCUGUACAAGUGAAAGAGAACUGGACAUUUUCUUCAGAAAAAGAAGUGUGGCAGGAAGCUGGGAUGUAACAUGUCGAGGAAAACUAGUACUGUACCGCUUUCUAAGGUUACGACUAUACAGCUUUUAAAAUUCAAUCAUUUUGGGCCUUGAACUACGCCAAGACUUUUAGCAAAGCUGAACAACAGAUGAGCUGUGCUUCGUUUUCACCGGUGGUACAGAUCAGCUCUGUAUGAAAUGUAAAUGUUGUGUUUUUUGUAAAUGUAACAAACUUUGGUCUGAGGAGCAGAUAAAGCUUUAAUUCUUCAUGUUCCUGAUUGGCUGAGUGGAUUAGACUAAAAAUCAUGCCACAAUUGUCUUAUGGGAAUUACUCUACCAGUUUCUGACUUAAAUACUGUUCAUGUCAGCAUAUUGUAGUGGAAAUGGCCAUUUGGUACUAAAUAAUGUAGAAGUGCCUGAAAAACCAUAUAAACAUGGAGGUUACACAGCCAAAGUUUGACAUACGAGGUGAUUAACCCCAGAUUUAAGCGAUAUACUGUGAUAUUGUCAGUGCACAGUAGUUUUAACCCUCACAUGAUCGACACUGCCUUCACCAAACCUUCGCUUUGCUGUUGGUUUGGACACUUGCAGAGUUGUAAGAUCUUUUCCAUGGCUAAUUUCCCUCUUACAUGAGGUGAAUAUAGAUCAGUACCAUGAAGGGUUAAGCUCCAGUCACACCAGCAAAAGAUGAAAUAAAUGUAUCAAAUCAGACUGAGCAGUUAGCUUGACACAGUGACUCACUUCUGUAGCUGGCAAGCUAACUGCUAACGUGCUAGCACCAGGCUGGUUCAUAUUUUGUAUGUUACUGGGACAUGUAGACCCAAGUUGGUCUGUUUUCACACUUUAGGUGGAUCAAAGUGGAAUUUAAACAAUUUACUUAAUUUGCUCAGUGUGACAGCAGCAAUUCUAUUGAAAUGAGCUGCUUUCGCUGCAAAGCGUGACCAUUUUAAGCUAGUGUUGCUGGGUCUUUAAAGGUUUUAUAUAUACAUGGGUGUGCGUAACAUUUUUAAAUAGUCUUUUUAUUCACUUAAAAGUGCCAAAUGUGUAGAAAUCUUACCAAUUCAGAAGAUGUUACCAAUAUUUUCAGUGAACAAAAGUAAUUGUUUUACUAAUACUUUGAUACUGCUCUGUGUGACUUUGCAUUACGCUGUCUUUACAUUUUUAUUGUAUAUCAACAUAUGAGUGUAAUGUGAAAGGUGUUGAACCUACUGAGAAUCAACAUCCAGCUCUGCAAAGCUCUUUAUCCUCUUUCAGCUCUUAGCUUUGGUUUUUAUGGUCAAAGGUGUGCCUCACAUUCUUCUCAUGAGUGGAGGCCAAAAAAAAACAGUGAAAGAAGAGCACAUGUUGGACUUUGAUUCAUCAGGUGGGCACAAAUAUGCGAACACCACAUGAAUGAUCAUGUAGCUCUGGAACAGCUGCAUGUGGCAUUAGGUUAGGUUAACUCUCUGCUGCCCCCUGUUGGCCAAAAGUCGGCCAAUGCAACUUUAAACGAUCAAAGUUAAAUGUAGAUUGUGGUUUGGUUUUUAUUAUUACAUGUUGUAAAAUAUUACAUUUGCUGCAAAAAUAAGAAAACCUCUAACAUAGUAUUUUCUUGGGUGAACCGAGCUUUUCGAUGAGCUCUUGUUCUGUGUGUGAUGCAGCGACUCAUCGUGUUAAUGAUGCUGUACAUAAUGGUUUGUUUAACUGCACUUGUUUCCACUGGUGGGAAUCUGCUUGUGUUGGCACUUAUAGUUUAUUCCACUGUACUGUUCAUUUCAGCUGUUCUGAAAACUGUAAAAUUAAACCUUAAACGUGAGGCAAACCAAUUUAAAUUUGAAACUGAGACAAAAAAGAAAGUUGGGUUAAAUUAGCAGUUUAUGUUCAAGUAAUCUGAUAUAUUGAAUUUAUUUGAUAUAUUUUAAAGUGACACUUUAAUGGAGUGUUGAUCGCUGAGUAAAUCAAAACUUAAACAGUAGUUUGAUUUGGAUGAAAAGGGGAUUCCCUUUUUGGCCUUCUGAUGGCGCUGUGAUUUAAGAUUUAUUUUUUACAGAGUUUUGGAUAUUGUGAAUUAUUCCAUUAAAGCCUGUUAUAAAGUCAAACUGUAUUUCUGCUCGGUGCAUGUUUCUCCAGAACAAAUGAAAAUCAGUUUUCAGAUGCAGCAGACUGAGGAAGAACCUGAAGCUGAUGAGCAGUUUGGGGAAAAUGAAUUCUGCUCCCGCUGAUGCAAGUGAUGGCAAAUGUAAAGGAUCCACUGUCAGCAGGGUGGACCACAGUGAAGGACAGCCCACCUUCUUCUGGAGCGACCGAACGCAGCACCGAAUUGGUUUCCAAAGCAACGCCUGACAACAGAGAAGAUGGUUUAUAACUGUCCUCCUUGUGUGCCUGUGUUUCCAUCCAGUAACACAGGACAUGGUCCGCCGGCGGGCCGAGCACAACGAGUGUGAGAUAUUCUCGCUGGAAGAAGUGUCUCUGCAUCAGCAGGACAUCGAGAGGAUCGAGCACAUCGACAGGUGGUGCAGGGACCUGAGGAUCCUCUACCUGCAAAACAACCUCAUCCCCAGGAUAGAAAAUCUUGGUCGCUUGAAGAAACUGGAGUAUUUGAACCUGGCCUUGAACAACAUUGAAGUCAUUGAAAACCUUGAAGGCUGUGAGAGCCUCCAGAAGUUGGACCUGACCGUGAACUUUGUGGGCUGUCUGAGCAGCGUGCAGUCUCUGCAGCACAACAUCCAUCUGAGAGAGCUGUUCCUGGUGGGGAACCCCUGCACCGAGUUUGACGGCUACAGGCAGUAUGUGGUAGCCUCUCUGCCUCAGCUCAAGUGGCUGGACGGGACGGAGAUCAGCCGCUCGGAGAGGAUUCGCGCCUGUCAGGGCCUGCAGGAGGUGACCAGGCACAUCUGGGAGCAAGAGAAUGAAUACCUGACAAGGAGAGCUAGGGAGAAAGAAGAGGCACAGAGGAAGGCUGCAGGACAGGAGAAAGGAAAUGAGGAGAGGAAGCCAGGGUUUGACAGCCGCUGGUACACUGACAUCAACAACACAGUUCCAGGGCAGAACCAGGAGGUGGAGGAGGACACAAAGCCGAAGACGACGAGUCCUGACCUAGACAAGGAGCAGCGGGAGAGGGAGUUCUGGCACACGCCGUGUUCAUUCACCCCUGAGUCUCGUCUGGAGGCCCACCGGCACCUGCAGGAGGAGAGGAGGGCCGAGGAGAGGAGGACCAAGGAGAAGGAGCAGGAGAAGAGGCCGAGGACGCUGAUCACUGAUGACGGACGAGUCCUGAAUGUCAACGAGCCCAAGUUAGAUUUUUCUCUGACUGAGGAUGAAGACAGCAACACGGUUGUCCUGGACCUGGCAGUGUACAGACACAUGGACACCUCCCUGAUGGACGUGGAUGUUCAGCCAACAUACGCCAGAGUCACCGUCAAAGGAAAGAUAUUUCAGGUGGUUCUGCCUGCUGAAGUGAAGCCUGACAGCUCGACAGCCCAGAGAUCCCAGACCACAGGACACCUGGUCCUCACCAUGCCCAGGGCUGAAGGUGAAAUCAAAGUGACAAAGCGCGUCCCACGCCCACCCAGAGCGCAUGAGGACAGAUGCAGCAGCUCACCUCAGGACAAGACAAGAAACAAGAAUGCUCCCGAGAGGCUGGAAGUGGACCCCAGCAAGCACACAGCCAUCGACCUCACCAAGAUCGUGCCACACCAGAGUGCCAAAGCCGGUCCCCUGGAAGUGUCCAGGAUGGCUCCACCUACACCUGCUGGUCACAGUGGCUCCUCUGCAGGGUUUGUGGACGACCCUGAUGUCCCCCCGCUCAUGUGAAACUUCAAGAAAUAACAUGGAGGUGACUGUGUUGGAUGCUAUAGCAUUUAUGAUGGGGGCGAACAGCCUGAUUGGGACCCUUUGUCCCAGCUGUAAUCAGAUAAGCCUGGGUGACACGGUGCUGAUGGUGGGAACACUGAAACCAUGUCAGAGGUGUUUCUUGAGAAAACCGCCCCUUUCAAAGUGUUAGUCUGCAUGCCAUUGUGAAAUGAAAUAAUCUGAUGGUUAACUCUGUUUCCUGUCACAGUUUACCCACAAGACACUGACAUCUCCUAGCAUUUAGUUUCUGCUGAUUUCCCACCUGAUUAUGGAAACUACAUGCAGAGAAACAGCCCAAAGGUCGUUAAACCCUCAUAGGCACAUUCCUACUUAUGUUAUGGAUUAUUUUACCUAAGAUUUUACAUAUAUUGAUUUGUUAUUGUGGAAAACUGUGUAAUAUCAACCAACAUUUUAAAUUCCAGGCAGUUAAUAAGCUUUUUAAAUGAAAUAAAAAGUGGGCAGCAUUCCUACUAAUUAUCAUCCAAAGUGUCUACAUAUUAACUUUGAUCAGAUUUUCUGGACACUUUUCAGUAUCAGUGCAACAAGACACACUUCAGUCUGUACUAAAACUACAUUUAAGUCCCAGUCCCAAGAGGCAGUUUUCAUUUUAUGCCUACUCUUUUUGGAUAACCAGCAGCAGAGCUGUGAUGUGAUGAUAUGUAACAGAGGUCCUUGUCUGGACAUGAGCUGGAGAUGUUGUGGUGCAUCAUUGGUGCUUCAGCCUUAACUGUCAUCACUUUUGUCAAACAUUUAACACAAAAUAAAACAGGUGAAGGUGUGAACAACGACAUGGAGACGACAGAGGUUUAGCUACUUCUGCCCUACAAACUGCGGCUACGAGGGCAACACUGCACAGGCAUUAAAAAGAAAAAUCAAUGAGCAGAGCUCGUUCUGCUCUGCCUGUGGCCCCUGUGUGAGCUUUGCUCGUCAUGUUUUCUUUCUUCUUGCACUGCUCUCCCAGAGUGCUCAGAAACAGAUUCUGUGCCAGACUCUUCUCUGAGGCUCUCUGAGGACUCGGGUCCAAAUGUUUUGAAGCUUGUUCAUCUCUCCGUGAAACUCUGCUGAAGUCUCAUUUUGCUCUUUACUUUCCUCUGAGCUGACACCCUCAAAGCUCGGAGGUCACAGCUCCAUCCUCUGCUCCUCCCUCCAUCCUGCUCUGAGUACUUUAGAGAGCAGUUUGGCUUUGGACCAUUCCUCCUCCUGACAGCUCCACUGCUCUCUUAUCAUCCUGCGCUCUAUAUUUGGACUGCGUGGCUCCUAGCAUCCCGAGAAUUG